AUGGUGGGCAAGAAGUCGGGCAGAGCCCAGCUGAAGGAGGAAGGUCUCGAGCGGACCGACAACAACAUGGACCUCUCGACGUGGCCCCAGGUCAGCAUGAUCAACCAGAAGAACUACUACACAGAGUUCCUGAAGCGCGACGAACAAUUUCUCGCCGUGCGGUACCCCAAAGACGAAGAACGGGCGCGCAUAGUACAAGAGGCACGGGACAAGGAUCGCGCACGCGCACUGGGCGUACCACAGGCAGCAGAAGGCUUGACCCCACAGGCGCCAGAAGAGACGGCUGAGGAUGCGGAUUUGUCUUUCGCUUCACGGACAGACAUCUCGAAACUCAUCGUAAUACACCCCGGCAGCCAGAACCUCAGGAUAGGUCUGGGAUCAGAUGCGCUUCCCAAAACAAUACCCAUGGUGAUUGCGCGGAAGUGGAAAGAGAGCGAAUGCGAGGAAGACGGUGGCGAGCCGAGCCCUAAGCGGUUGAAGCUCGAAGGCGCGGUGCCGGCAGACGCCCUUCCUGAGAAGUGGUUUGGCGAGGAUUUCGCCGACCAGUACAUGGCCAUGUCUUCGGAGCUGAGGACGCGCAUGCGCUCGAACAAACGCAGAGUAUUGCCAAACUCGAAGGAUCUGGUCAUCAACUACAACAGGCGCACGCCUCCCGACAUCAUCUCGGAGCACAAUGACAUGGAUCGCAUAGACUGGACAGAGCUGCCAGCAGACGCGAGUAAAGCGCCCGACUUCUUCACUGGAAGCGCAGCGAUGCGGAUACCAGAGCACUCCAAACCCCGGUACAAGCUCUUCUGGCCAAUACGGAAUGGCACGUUCAAUGAGAAGGACUAUGUCGACCGCAAUCAGAUCUACCACGACCUUUCAAAGAUCCUUGAAGAAGCAUUUAAGAACCAGCUCGGAAUCAAGAGCAUGAAAGACCUGGUCAACUACAAAUGCGUCUUCAUCAUACCGGACUUGUAUGAGCGCCAAUAUGUCACCAUGAUUCUGGACAUUCUGAUACGAGAUCUUGGACUCGGCAAGGUCUGUCUGCAGCAAGAAAGUCUGUCGGCAUCAUUCGGCGCAGGCUAUGGUGUCACGUGCGUAGUCGACAUUGGCGCUCAGAAGACGUCGAUAUGCUGCGUCGAUGAAGGCUUGUGUGUCGAGGAGUCGCGCGUUAACCUCAAAAUGGGCGGCUCGGACAUCACAGAGACCUUCAUCAAGAUGAUGCUGUACGGACACUUUCCAUACGCGGACAUGAAUCUCAAGCGGAGAUACGACUUUGUGUUAGCAGAAGAGCUCAAGCAGAAGUUCUGCUCCAUGGACGAGGGUUCCGUCACAGUCCAAACUUGGGACUUUCAUCUCAGAGCAUCGGGCCAAGAUACGCGCAAGUACACCUUCAAGACUUACGACGAGACUAUGCUCUCGGUCAUGACUCAGGGCCUCUUCAAACCCUCAAUCUUCGACAACACUAAGAAGCUCGAGAACCGUCGCAAAGUCGUCCCACGCUCCGUCGACCUCUACGACGGUUCGCCUAACGACCCCAUCUCGCAAGCCCAAAUCGCCGUCCUCGAAGCUUCCGCCGGAAAGCCCGUCGUCGCAGCUGCCACCAACGGCACCACCGACUCCACCGCCGCAGUAUCCACCCCUCAACGCCCCGUUCCAAAUCCCUUCAACCUUCUCGGCCGCUUGACCGAAGCCGAAAACACGCCUCGCUCCUCCGUCGCUGGCUCCCCCGGCCCCGACGGCGCCAGCACCCCGAUCCCCGACCGUGACACCCCCAUGGGCGACGCCGAAGGCCAACCCCUCAUCUUCCGCGACCCCGUGCUCGAAAAGACCAAACUCGCCGAAGCCCGCGACACCGUCCUACCUAUCAUGCCCCUCGACCACGCGAUUCUCGAGUCCCUCGCCCAAGGCGCGCGCGGCGACGACCGCAGGCUGCGCGACUUUUUCGGCGGCAUCAUGCUGGUCGGCGGGGCGUCGAAAACACCCGGGCUGCGCGAGUUCAUCGAGGCGCGACUACGGGAGUUGAGGCCGUUUUACGGCAAGGAGAUUCUCGUGGGCCCGCCGCCGCGCGAGUUUGAUCCGCAGGUUGUGGCAUGGAAGGGCGGGAGUGUGUUUGGGCGGUUGAGCGGGCAUGGGAACGACAGCUGGAUUAGUAAGAGCGAGUAUGACAUGCUUGGGGCGAGACUGUUGAAUAAUAAGUGCAUGUUUGCUUGGUAG